AUGGCGAUACAAGCCCAGGAACGCUCACAAUCGGAAACGUGUAUUUCGCACGUGCCGAGUUCUAGUUGGCUGAUACACGAACCGAGAAGGGGAGAGAAAAAAGGGACCGGUAGGAGGAAAAGAAAAGGGUGUCUUUUUUGGCGGAUAUUUUUCAGAAGCAAAGCUAGGGCGGGAAGAAGAGGAGAAAAAAUCCAAUCCAGAAACCAGAAUGGGUUCCUCGAAGACUUCCAAGCCAGAGUCCAGCGGCAGAAUGAACAGCGCUGUGAACAAGAAAUAGGGGAUAUUAGGCGGGGAAUUGAGUCUGGUAACAUUACUCCUGAUACAUCACUAAUCAGAUUUUCUGAUGAGGCUCUUGAUGAGCAAAAGCAUUGCAUCAGGAUUGCUGACGAAAAAGUGGCCUUAGCCACACAGGCCUAUGAUAUGGUUGAUGCACACAUCCAACAACUUGAUCAAUACAUGAGAAAACUUGAAGAGCUCCGGCAAGAAAGGGAACUUGCAACUGGAGCAGGUGUUGGUACUUCAAAUGCUGAUGCUAGCACAAGAUCUGGAAGGGUUGCUGAAAGUAGCAGAGGGGGGCGGAAGAAAUCACGAUUAGCAGUAGAGCCACCAAGUGUAGAUCUGGAAUUACCAGUGGACCCGAAUGAACCCACAUACUGUUUCUGCAACCAAGUUAGCUAUGGGGAGAUGGUUGCUUGUGACAACCCUGAUUGCAAGAUUGAGUGGUUCCAUUUUGGAUGCGUUGGUUUGAAAGAACAACCGAAAGGAAAAUGGUACUGCUCCAAUUGCGUUGGAAUGCAGAAACGUAGAAAAGGUAAAUGAAUGGUUACUUCUGCUGACAGGAGCUGAUUUUGGUGCCAGAAAUGGAAUUGAGUCGUGGCAUUUAUUCUUAGUAGUCGGUUUGGCCUCUGCAUAUAUAGACGAUGAGUGGAGCUACCAUUCAGCGGUUAACCUAACAAUUAUGUGGACAUAAAGGAGAGGUUUGGAUGGCUUUCUUUAUGGCCUGCGGUCAUAAUAUGUUAUUCAUUCUUGGUAAUAGCAAGGUGACCAUAUAAUACAGUUUUAGCGCGAAGAUUCUAAGUAAGAUAUGUUGUUUUUACUUUAAUGCCUAGAUUUUGGUUCGUUGUGUGGUCAG